CAUGCGCAGGCGAUCUGCACAUGCGCAAUACUCAUGCUGCUUCCGGGUUCCCUGCCUGGCUGAGGUGGCAGGAGGCGGGACGCGCUGCGCUAUGGCAGAGGGCAGUGGGGAGGUGGUAGCAGUGUCGGCGACCGGGGCUGCGAACGGCCUCAACAAUGGGGCAGGCGGGACCUCGGCGACGACCAACAACCCGCUGUCGCGCAAGCUGCAUAAGAUCCUGGAGACGCGGCUGGAUAAUGACAAGGAGAUGUUAGAAGCUCUCAAGGCACUUUCAACCUUUUUUGUUGAAAAUACUCUGCGGACUCGAAGAAAUUUACGUGGAGAUAUUGAGCGUAAAAGUUUAGCCAUCAAUGAAGAAUUUGUAAGCAUUUUCAAGGAAGUGAAGGAGGAACUUGAAAGCAUAAGUGAAGAUGUUCAAGCAAUGAGCAACUGUUGUCAAGAUAUGACAAGUCGCCUACAGGCAGCAAAGGAGCAGACUCAAGAUUUAAUAGUAAAAACCACUAAGCUUCAAUCUGAAAGCCAAAAAUUAGAAAUAAGAGCACAAGUUGCAGAUGCCUUCUUAUCCAAGUUCCAACUGACUUCUGAUGAAAUGAUUCUUCUCCGAGGUACAAGAGAAGGACCCAUUACUGAGGAUUUUUUCAAGGCACUGGGAAGAGUAAAACAGAUUCAUAAUGAUGUCAAAGUUCUCUUGCGUACAAAUCAACAAACGGCAGGUUUAGAAAUUAUGGAACAGAUGGCCUUACUUCAAGAAACGUCUUAUGAAAGACUUUACCGAUGGGCUCAAAGUGAAUGUAGAACAUUGACACAAGAAUCAUGUGACAUAUCUGCAGUAUUGACACAGGCAAUGGAAGCCCUGCAGGACAGACCUGUCUUAUAUAAAUAUACCUUAGAUGAAUUUGGAACAGCCAGGAGAAGUACAGUUGUUCGUGGAUUUAUUGAUGCGCUCACAAGAGGGGGCCCCGGAGGUACACCUAGGCCAAUUGAAAUGCACUCUCAUGACCCUUUGAGGUAUGUGGGAGAUAUGUUGGCUUGGCUCCAUCAAGCUACUGCUUCUGAAAAGGAACACCUUGAAGCUCUCUUAAAGCAUGUCACUACACAAGGUGUUGAAGAAAAUAUUCAAGAAGUUGUUGGGCAUAUCACUGAAGGUGUGUGCAGGCCUCUAAAGGUUCGAAUUGAGCAAGUAAUAGUUGCUGAACCUGGGGCAGUUUUAUUAUAUAAAAUUUCUAAUCUCCUCAAAUUUUAUCACCAUACAAUCAGUGGCAUUGUUGGAAAUAGUGCAACUACAUUAUUGACCACCAUUGAAGAAAUGCAUUUGCUAAGCAAAAAAAUAUUCUUCAAUAACUUGAGUCUUCAUGCAAGUAAAUUAAUGGACAAGGUUGAACUCCCACCACCUGAUCUCGGACCAAGUUCUGCACUAAAUCAGACACUCAUGUUGCUGCGUGAAGUUUUGGCAUCUCAUGAUUCUUCGGUUGUACCAUUAGAUGCUCGUCAAGCUGAUUUUGUGCAGGUAUGUUGUCAAUUCUUUUUUUUUUUUUUUUUUUUUGAGACAGAGUUUCACUCAUCUUUUAAAAGAACUGAGAAGCAACCCAAAUUCUGUGGCUGGAGGAUAGUCUUAGAAUCCUCCUUGCUUAUAAUUUUUAAAAUCGAAGCACAUUUGGACACACUUAUAAAUGAGCAAGCCUCUUACGUUUUAACUAGGGUAGGCUUGAGUAACAUCUAUAACACUGUACAGCAACACAAACCAGAGCAAGGCUCUUUAGCUAAUAUGCCCAACCUAGAUUCUGUGACACUGAAGGCAGCGAUGGUUCAGUUUGAUCGUUAUCUGUCAGCCCCAGACAACCUAUUAAUGCCACAGCUGAACUUUCUUCUAAGUGCCACAGUGAAAGAGCAGAUCAUAAAACAGUCUACAGAAUUAGUCUGCAGAGCCUAUGGUGAAGUGUAUGCAGCUGUGAUGAAUCCAAUCAAUGAAUACAAAGAUCCAGAGAACAUUCUUCACAGAUCGCCACAGCAAGUGCAGACGCUUCUUGCCUGAUUAUCUUAUUUCAUUGUGUUAGCAAAAUACGGCCUUUCUAAAACACUGAAGAUUAUUUUUUAUUCUUUGAAUUUUUACUUUAAAAUUUGAUAGUUAGUUUUCUUUGUAUCAUAACAUUGUGAGUCCCGAUAUUUUUUUUUUUGUCUCAGUAACAUGUUUACCUGAGUUUGUAUUGCUGUGUAUCUAUUCUAAAUAUGAGAUGCUCUAUUUUUUUGUUAGCUAUCUCUCCAGCUCUGCAGUUUCCCCUAUAUUGAGGAAGCAUAAAGUAGUAUGAAAGGUUUGAAGAAUUUUUUUUACAAGACUAGUUCUAAAUUAACAGCACAUAAAAAUUCUGUCUAAAUUAAGAAUUAGUAUAAGGAUAUGACCUAAUAAAUGUCUCCUUACCUAAAGAUUCAUUUGCUUUCCUAUUAAUAUGAAUAGUCAUACCUAGUAGCUUUUCUGUACCUAGCCUAUGUCUCUGUCCCCAAAAUAGCUACCCUUAAAGAGUUGUUAGAAGAAAGAAAAAUAACAGUGAAUUGUGCUCCUGGUAUAUAUGGCAGUGAAUCUCAUUCCUGUUCUACUUUAGCAUACUGUAUAUAUUUGACUGCAUACAUUUUUAUGCAAUUUUAAAUAUACACUCAGCAAUGAUGAGAAAAAAAGGAGAGUGAAAAGUAAUUUCAAUAGGGUGGAUUCCACUCUGUGGGAGCCCUUGAUGGAACUCAAGGUGGAGCUCAGCCUUUCCAAUGACUUCUGGGUGUGUAGACAGCCUGAGCUGUGUCUAAGUCUGCUGUUUGAAGAAAGGUAUUUGUCAUACAAUAUGGGUCCCAAAUCCAACCAACUGCAAAUUUUAUCUGGUGUUCAAACUAAAGAAACAAUGAUCUGUUCAAACACUGGAGAAAAAAAAACUGCCAGAGGAGGAGUUGCCAGUGGGCAGUGUGUCUUAUCUCCACGGUGUAACUGGACUCUUACUUUAGACCAUUACCUGUUAGGAAGAUUCAAAAUGACUGUAUUUUUAAAGGGAUAAAUCCCAAUGUGCCUGAUUUGACAUUCUUAUCAGCAGAAAAAAGCUUAAUUUCUAGUAGAUCUAUAAAAAGGAGUAAGUCCCUAAAUUACAAAUGAGAAAACUGAAGCACAAGGAAAAAAAUAACUAGUUUGAAAUAUUUUGAAAAGUAAUAGCAUAAAACUAAUAUUUGUAGAAAAUUAUGUUGUAUAUGACAAAUUAGUAUUUAUAUGACCUAUUUGAAGUUUAUACUUGUUUAUAACUAAUACAAUUCUUUUUGGAGUCAGAAUGAUUAUGUAAUCAUUACCCAUUUAGGUAUAAAUCUGUAUUUUUAGUCUUUUCCCUUCAAUGAGUAUGUGUUAUAUAUAAAAGACAGAAAAUAAAGUAUAACUCAAGAACUUAAA